AUGGCGGCGUGUGUCUGGUCUGCCACGCGCCCCAUCUUCGGGAUCUACGCGCCCUUUGGUGUCACCUUCCGUCCUACAGCACCGAAUUAUGCUGUCAGGACGGUGUCUGUAUUAGUUUUGCACGAACGACUGCUUCAUAAGUGGAACGGUACAUCUAUCCGUUGUGGUGUCAAGUCCAUCUCUAGUGACGUGGUAGCUCGCAGUAUCGACGUAGACGACUAUGUCAUCUUGCUCCCAUCGGAAACCCACAAUCGUUUACAUGCUAACUAUUUCAUUGCUAGUUUCCUUUGUACUGUUCCUUUUGCGUUCAUUUUCGCAGCGUGCAUGUAUCUACAGAGCAGACGAUACAGCAUUACUGAGGACGAAACGAUGAAUGAACAAGAGAGUGGGCAGCAGCAGCAGCGAAAUAAUGACGCCAGUGUCUCUGAAAAUCAGAGAGACAACUCCGUGAGUGACACAAUAGCCGAUCCGUAUUACUCGACGAUACAUGAUUCUCAUGAAAACGAGACGGUUGAACCAUACGGGGUGGCCAAGGUGUGUUCUCAGUACGGCCGGGCAGAGACGAGGUCCGCCAAUGUGAGAGAACGCGAGGGCGCGGACUGA